CGAACUUCGAGUGAAGAUGUCUUUUCCGGCUCAAAGUCAUUCCGCCGCCUUCCGACACAGCCUCGAAAAACCGACGAGGUCUCUGUAUGCAAAAGUCGGCAGCUAAAUUCCAAGCAUGCAACUGCGCUGAAUGUCAUGGUUCCACUGGACGUCUCGUGCAUGCGUCAGUGCUAUUGAAUUAUGGGAAAUGUAUUCAUACCCUACUUAUCGCGGUGUAUCGCCUCUAACCAAAUACUUUUAUUUAUUUAUUUUCGUUUAUCUACGAGUAUUAUUUAAGGGGAAACCUUUAAGUAACAAUACGUUUAUUCCGUAAAAAAAAAAAUCAUACGGCAUAUUGUAACGUUCACGACGAUAGCAAGCCACAAAUCCGUCAUUGCUUUGUGUACGCGUGUGUGUAGUUCACCCUGCGCCCGUUAGAGGGAAGUCUAAAACCAUCUCCAUGGCAAUUUUAAAACUGGUUGUAAACACAAAGAGUAGCUACUGUGCAAGGAGCGAGCUACAGCUACAAGUUAAACCCUCUAACAACAUGGAGAAAAUAGAUCUCGAUCAAUCCGCUUUAAAAGCAGUUGAUGACUACUGGGAAUACAGAAGGAUUGUGGGUGAUGAUGAUGGAGAAAAGCUCUUCACUCCAGAGCAAUAUGAGGAAUACAGGAAGAAGAUGUUUUCUCAGCGACUUAAAAACCGGUUAUAUGUGAGCUAUGGAGUGCCUGGGGGUAUUGACUGUAAGCUGAUUGGCCCAGAAACACAGUGCUUCUGUGCACAUAGGUACAAGCAACAUAAAACAGACUGGGAAGUGGUUCCCUCUGAGCGACCCCUGGCCUUACCAUGCAGAGUCAAGGGAUGCUGCUGCCCUGCCUACGAGUACGUUCCUCGGCUUGGACCAAACCCCGUGCGCUGCAGGUGUAAACAUUUACCUCAACAUCACAGUGAAGGAGCAGGCCACUCGUGCAAGUCUUGCAGUUCCUGUUCUGGAUUCCAGAGUCCCUACACCUGUGGGUGUGGCCAGCCCAGCUCUGAACACCAGACUCUGGUUGAGACAAAACUGGAGAGGGAGGCACGGGGUCAGCCUGUGGGCAGGGAUGUCCCUUAUGCUGCCAUGGGUGGGCUGACAGGGUUCAGCUCCUUGAUUGAUGGUUACCUAGCUUUGGAAAUCAGUGGCUCAGACCAAGAAAGCCCUCAGCAGAGCUGCUCGGCAUUAAAGACCAACCAAACAUCAGCUAAAGCAUCAAGGUUUGCUCUCUGUAAGAGAGGGACCAACAAACAAUAAAAUACAACAUCGGUUUGUGUGUAUCCAUAGGAUAAUGAAUAUGAAUAUGAAAAUAUGAAAGCUUUAAUUCAAGGGUUUAACAAAAGUCCUGCAUUGACUGAUUAAGAAUUACAGCCGUAUAACUAAAUGGGGGUGUGGCGAUUGUAUGUGGAUUGCAGGCAGCGAGUAAGCAUUGUAAGAAUUACAGCCAUUUUUAUACACUAUCCCCCAUUUACAGAGGCGUAAUUGGAUAAACCAGCAUAAUUUGAAAUAGGUUCUUUUUAAUACUUCUGUGAAAAUCCUGUGCAGUCAGUGACUGCCUGAAGUCUAGAACCCAUGGAGAUCAUCAAAUGCUCUUUUUCCUGCAUGAGAUGCUCAGCGACCUUCUGUUGCUGCUUUCGGGUGUAUGUGCUUUGAGUUUGGUCUUCAGAAAUGAUAAAACACACUCUGUUGGGCUCAGAUUGGAUGACUGGCUUAGUCAUUGAAGAAUAUCCCAUUUCUGUGCAUUGUGAAACUCUUCGGUUGCUCUUGCAGUAUUCUUUGGGUCAUUAUCCAUUUGCACUUUGACAUGGUGUUCAAGUUUUGCAGUAUUUGGCUGCAUCUGUGCACACAGUAUAGUCCUGUAGAAAGCUACUUUAAGCUGCAGUCUUAUUCACAAGAGGUCGCCACAGGGGUAGCUCGCAUGUUUGAUUUGGCAGAUUUUUUACCGUAGGUUGGCCUUCCUGAUGUAACCCCAAAGGGAUUUGUGUCUCCCCUUGGGAUCGAACCAGAGAUUUCCCGCUUAUUAGGUGAAUGUGUAAACCGCUUACUGCUAUAUUUAGAUUAAUGAAUCCACAGGCUAUGUUUGCAGCCUGCACUCUGCAUACAGUCACACCCCCAUUUCUCUGCAUAUACUAUGGCUGUAAUUCACAAUCAGUUGAUGCGCUACUUUUGUUAAACCCCCUGAAUUAAAAAUCGGAAACUUCGAAAAUCUGCACUUCAAUCACAUGUUGAUUGUUUGAUUUAAAAUCUACCAUGUGUGCAGAAGCAAGACUAAGGUUAAAAAAAAAUGUCAUUGGACUGCAACUGUACGCCUUUUUCAGAGUUGAAGAACAAGCAGCUUGGUUCAAAGUGAAAUCAUUUCAGCUUUCACUGAAAAGUAUGUCUUUGUCAGUGUCGUGACAAAGUGAUAUAAUCAGCUGUCAGCAAAAGCUGUGACUAAAUCCCACCAUGCAACUGAACAAUUACUGACAAUACAGUAUAUCGGUUCAGUCAAAGAGCUGAGUGGGGGAACCACUGGCAGCAUUAUUGCGAUGAUCCAGAUUUUGACACACUGUUUUUGUGAACUUUUAAGAAGACGAAACAAUGCUAUCAAGUAGAUGUUGUCUGUUUUAUAAUGCUGUUUGUGCUGCCAUGAUGCAUAAACCAAGGUCCUCUUUAUUUGGCGUCUCUGCUGAAACUCACAAGUGUUACUAUGAUGGUAAAAAUUAAGAUAUAAUAUAUAAUAAUGGAUUGCAUUUAUAUAGCUCUUUUCGAGACCCUCAAGGCGCUUUACAAUUCCACUAUUCAUUCACUCACUGGUGAAGGCAAGCUACAGUUGUAGCCACAGCUGCCCUGGGGCAGACUGACAGAAGCCAUCACCAGUAGACGGUAGGUGAAGUGCCUUGCCCAAGGACACAAUGACGGCAACCUUCCGAUUACAAGACAAACUCUUGAGCCACGAUCACCCUGAAUGCACUGCUCAUUCAGGAAGGUUGUGACCCAGGGUUUUGUUGCAUUGACAGAUGUCACUAAAAUGCAUCAUGUGCAAGUGUUCAUGAAGUUACUGUCCUGAAAAAAGGAAACGUGUGUGUGUGUAUCUGUGUGUAGUUCACCCUGCGCCAGUGUGCGUCUUUUUAAAACAUGGCUGUGCAGAACAAGCAGAUUGUGGGCUGCAAAUUUUAAUUUCAGUUACAGUUUAAGCUUCUUAUGAUUGUUAAAACAAGAUAAUCAAGAUAAGACAAUCAUUGGGCCACAUUCUGUCUUGCAUUAAUUCUCUCAUGUUUCCUCUCAUUUGUAGAUCCCAUUGCUUUUAUUUUGCCACAGACUCACUCCCCACCAUGAUGUGGAAAAGUGUAUUUGAUUUCAAAAUUAUUUAUUUAGUCAUCUUCAGUUGAAUUAUUAUUAAAGUUAUUUAAACUCAAAUUAAUCCAAAGGUCAACCUUUUUAAAGUAUAUAAGACUAUAAUUUUCCUAAAGUCUGUGUGUAAUUGUAUUAAACAACUGUGAUCUCAGCAGUGGCAAAAUAAGUGCUAUUAAGUUUUGUUUUGUUUUUUCCAUAAUCAAGCAGCCCUGGCAGCUUUCUCAAGAGCCACUCAUCAUCUACACGAGUGAGAGACUGAAGACAUUUGUAACAGCAAACCAAAGAUGAAAAAUACAAGACUAAAUUAAAACCUGCUCAGCUAUCAUUUUGAGUUUUACUCAAUCACUAUCAUAACAUUUUCUAAGAUUUGGAACCUGUUCACCAGCUAUCUUUUUUCCUAAACUUUUCCACCCAUCUAUCUUCUUCCAGUUAUCCUUAUUCAGGGUCCUGGGGGCCUAAAACCUAUGCCAGCUGUCAUAACAGGAAAGGAAAGAUGCACCCUGGACAGGUCGCUGAUCUAUCACAGGGCCACAAG